CGCGCGACAUGGCGGGCGAGGCCGUGCGCGCGGUGCGGGGUGGCGGCCGCCGGGGAGCUCAGCCGCGGUGUCGGCGCCGAAGCCCUGCAGGGAGCCCCCCGGGGGGUGCUGGAGCUGCCGGGGGUCCCCCGUGCCCCCGCCCCGUGCUGUGGCCAGAUCCUGCACCAAGCCCGGUUGCGUUUGACCUUCCAGCUCAGCCCCCCCCCCGGCACGCUCUCGUCCGACUGUGCGGAGCUGCGGCGGUUCCUGCACAAGACCAGCGCGGUGCACCCCGAGGUGGAGUUUCACUUCUGCGUCAGCAUGAACGGUGCCGUGGCCUCGCACACCUACGGGAUCCCUCCUGGCUGGCGGACUGGGAGCGAUUCGGCUUCACCGCGGCCCCCCGCGCCCCUCCGGAGGGCGAGGAAGAGCUGGUGACCCCCGAUGCCACCUACGCGGUGCGGCCGGGAGCGGGCGCCCCGGUUGGGGACCGUCACCCCCAGACCCUCCUGCUCUUCCUCUUCCUCCGCCACGACGAUCCCUUCCAGGUGUACGACGCCGGCGCCCGCCGGCUGCUGCUGGCCCACCUGGACCAGACGCUGCUGAGCAGCCGCCCGGCGCUGGCCCGCGGCCUCCGGACCCUCGUCCACCCGGCGCUGGAGGAGCUGCGCCGCCGGCAUGAGAGCCAGGAGCGGCUGGCACGGUCCCUGCCCGUCGUGCUGGACGCGGUGACGGCCGUGGUGACCGGCAGCACCAGCGCCCGGUUCCGCCGGACCUGUCUGCGCACCAUGCAGGUCGAGGACACCGCGGCGCUGGCGGCGGCCACCCGGCGGAGCUUGGCCGAGGUCACCCAGCGGCGCCUGCUGCCUUGCGCCUCCUGCGAGACCCCCGGCGCCCCGGGGGACCCCCGGCGGGGUGAGGGACGAGCCGGGGAGCGGGGGACCCGCCACCCCCCUCCAGGAUCCCCCUCGGAGGGUCCCUGCGUGCGGAGGGGACGGCAGAUGGAGGAGGAGGAGGAGGAGGAGGAAGGGGACACAUGUCCCCAGAGCACCGAGGUGCAGGCGUGGUGGCGGGAGGUGGCCGGCCUGGCUGAGUGGACGGCCUGAGGGACGGGGACGGAGCCGCCCCCCCCCAUGUCCCCGUGCCGGCCCAGUUCACCCAGUUCACUUGGUCCCAGCUGGUCCUGGCAGCCCCUGGGGAUUGACACCCCUAGUCCGUCCCAGUUCCCCCAGCUGGUCCCAGUUCCCCCAGUCGGUCCCAGUUUCCCCCAUUGGUCCCGGUUCCCCCCAUUGGUCCCAGUUCUCCCAGUCGGUCCCAGUUACCCGUUGGUCCCAGUUCCCCCAGUUGUAGUUGGUUCCUCCCAUCGGUCCCAGUUCUCCCAGUCAGUCCCAGUUCUCCCAGUCAGUCCCAGUUCCCCCAGUUGGUCCCAGUUCCCCCAGUUGGAGUUGGUUCCUCCCAUCAGUCCCAGUUCUCCCAGUCAGUCCCGGUUUUCCCAGUUAGUCCCAGUUCCCCCAGUUGUAAUU